AUGUCCGACCUGGACGAUAUGAGCAACUUUGAUGCGUGGCUGGAGAAGGACUUUCUGAGCAAAAUCAACCGGCUCGAGACGGAGGUGGAGGAUUUGAAGGACAAGAAAAGCAAUCUCGACAAGGAUCUUAAGAAGAAAACGAUCGAGUGUGACAUACUGCGGGCGAAGGUCGGAAAACUCGAACAGGUACCGUCGAACAAUGCGGCCUCCAAUGAAAAGAUCGAAAACCUGGAAAAGGAGCUGAAGCGCAAGACGAUGGAGCUGGACAUACUGCGCUCGAAGCUUUCGCAGGCCGAAACGAAUCCGCAAGCCUCCCAGGAUCUAACUGAGCGUGUAAAGCAGCUUGAGAAGGAGUUGAAGAAGCGCAUCAUUGAGAACGGUAUACUGCGGGGUAAGCUGACCGAGGUUGAAAGUGAACCACAGACACCGGAGGCGCAGGAAAAGAUCGACGAGUUGGUGCGGGGCCUUCAGCGCACCGAGAGUGUGGUGCUGCGGGAGAAGGUUAAGGAGCUGGAGGGUGAUUCGGAAGCGUCCGAACGGAACGGUGAGCUGGAGCGCGAGCUCAAGAAGAAGAACAUCGAGAGUGAUAUACUGCGGUCGAAGUUGAAGCAGUUCGAAAACACGCCCUCGAACGCACAGGAGGCGAACGAGCGGAUGCGUGAUCUGGAGAAGCAGGUCCGGAAGUACCAGAUCGAGGCGGACAUUCUGCGCGCGAAGGUGAGCCAGCUGGAGAGUGAUGCAGCGACGCGCGUAGACGAAGAAUCGACCGAACGCAUCGAGGAGUUGGAGAAGGGCCUGAAGAAAAGCACCACCGAGGGUAACAUGUUGCGGGCGAAGAUGCAAAUGUUUGAGAAGGAAUCGACCGCAACGCAGGACUCGAACAGCGAGCAGAUCGAGGAGCUACGCAAGGGGUUGAAGAAAAGCACCACCGAGAGCCAAAUACUGCGAUCGAAGCUGACCGAGCUGGAGAGCAAACAGGUGCACAGUGGCGCUAGCAGCUACAAGAUCGAAACACUCGAGCAGGAGCUGAAGAAAAAGAACAUCGAGAACGAUAUUCUGCGAUCGAAGGUGGAACAGCUGGAGCGUGUACCGUUGGCCGAUAGUCCUGCGAAUGACAAGAUCGAGGAGCUGCAGAAGGAGAUCCGCAAUCUGAAGAUCCAGAAUGAUAUUCUCAAAUCGAAGCUAAACCAGGCCGAGGACGAACCGGCGACAACGCAGGAAUCGACCGACCGCAUCAGCGAGCUGGAAAAUGAGCUAAAGAAGCGUACGAUCGAGAGCGAUAUACUGCGCGCGAAGGCGAUCCAGCUGGAGUGUGAGCUGUCCCCGACCAAGAACUCGAACGAGCGGAUAGAGGAUCUGGAAAGUGAGCUGAAGAAGAAGAUGCUCGAGAACGACAUCCUGAAGUCGAAGGUGAGCCAGCUCGAGGGUGAACUGAUUGCGCACACGGGCACCAGCAAGGCGGACCCGAACGAGAUCAAGAAGCUGAAGGAAAAGCACGAGGAGGUGAUGGGCAAGGCGAAGGAGCUGCUGUUCGAGCGGACGAAGACGGUGAAGACGCAGGACAUGCAGAUAAAGGCACUGCAGAACCAGAUCGAAAACAUCAAGGAGGUCGUGGCGGUAACGAAGGACAUGCUGAACAUCCGGAACAUGGAGCACGAACAGUUGCAGACGCGGUUCGAAAACAUCGACAGCAAGAUGAAGGCGGAACGGGAGCGGCAGACGCUGCUCGAGAAGAAGCUGGUCGUCUCGCAAAAGAUGUACAACGAUCUGCGGGAUGAGUACACGACGCAGCUCGAGCUGUUCAAGGAUUCUUCUUCGUCAAAUUGCAGGAAAUCCAAAAAACCUACGCCGAAAAGAUCGAACUCAUCAAGGAGGAAAUCGAAUCCGUCCGGAAUGGUGCCAAAAAUUGAACCAUCUUACCGGCAGGAUCAACAGUUGCCGACCGUCACGGUGGAAGAUCAUCUACGGAGUGAGCUGGAAGGGCGAUCCUGCUGCUGCACUGUGCAAUAA